AGAGAGCACCAGGCACCACUAGCUAGCUAGAGUAGUGUAGAGAUAGACAUGGGUGAAGAAUGCACAGAAGAGAGCUCCGUUGCUACCUCUUCCUCUACGCCUGCACCCAACUGGUGGGAUCUAUCUUCAUGGAAUAAUUCCAACCCAUGGCACAACCAAGACCCUAACUCCAACUCCUCUUGUGACGAGGAUGUUUCAAUCUCUACAUCAUUUACUAAUGCCUCCAACCACUCCGCCUUGACCGUUGAAUCCUCUCGCCCAUUUUUUGAGCCUGCUUCAUCCAACGAGUUGAUUCCAGAACAUGCCUCCGAUAGUCAUCUUUGGAGCCAUGUUUUCUUGAGUAGUGUUGGAAGCAAUCAAGAUGUGGAAGAGAAGUUUGUUGAUGCAUUAUCAUCCAAGAGUAUGUCAACUGGGAUGUUCGAACCUGCCUGCAACUACUUGAAGAAAUUCACAAACUCUUGUUCAUCUUCCAAUAAUUUUGACAAGAACAUAUGUGGUGGGUUCGGGGAGAGCCUUGUUGAUAACGAAAGGUUAAGCAAGUUGUCUAAUCUGGUCAGCACUUGGUCUAUUGCCCCUCCAGCAUGCGAUGCAUCUUUGAAUUCUUCCAUGGAUCCUACCACUUUAUAUUCAUGUUAUGGUGAUGAUUUCAAAGUUGGCAAUGAAUCUCGUGAGAGUGCAGCUUUAUUACCAAGGCCAUUCAACAGCUCUUUGGUGGGAGAUAUCAGAAGCUUUGCAGACAUUAUUUCUUUCACUAGUCGUAUAGCCAAGCCGUUGGUCGAUAUUCAUUCACCUAAUCACUCUUUUAAAUCAAUUAAUUCAUCUCUUCAUAAGAAGCAAGGGCUUCAAACUUCUUCUCUGUUGACAAACUCAACUUGCUCCAAGCAGACUAGAAUCAAUGGAAAAGGACAGGGAACUGCAAAUGAAGGAAAAAGAAAAAGGUUCGAAGAUGGCUCAGAGUCAGUCCUGAAAAAAGCAAAGCAUGAGAGUCCAAUAGCAUCAUCAGUCAAGGUACAGGCACCAAAAGUCAAGCUUGGAGACAGAAUCACUGCCCUUCAGCAAAUUGUGUCACCUUUUGGAAAGACUGAUACAGCAUCUGUACUCUUUGAAGCAAUUCAAUACAUAAAGUUUCUACAAGAACAAGUACAGCUAUUGAGUAACCCAUACAUGAAGACUAAUUCACACAAGGAUCCAUGGGGAGGUUUGGAUAGGAAAGAUAAGGGAGACACAAAGCCUGACCUCGGGAGCAGAGGUCUUUGCUUAGUUCCUAUAUCAUUUACACCUCAGAUUUACCGUGAGAAUGCAGGAUCAGACUAUUGGAGUACUCCAGCAUAUAGAGGAUGUUUGUAUAGGUGAAAUAAGUCCAUGCUUUCUUUUACAUUUCUUACAAUCUAAUGUAACUUUGUUGACAGAAGUGGUCUUAGUCAUAAUCUGUCAAGAGAGUUGGAAUAAAAUGUAUUGGUUAAUGAUGAAUAGCUUA